AUGGUUCAGCUUGUAUACUCGGUCGAAAAGCCGCUAAAUCGCGAGCCAGAGCUUGACAAGCUCGUUCAGAGCUUCAUCACACAAGACGGCUACGAUCGUAACCAUGGGCCCAUUCCGUACAUUGACAUUGAUACGCACCGAGUAGCGGUUACCGGACUCGUAAACCAUGAGAUUUCGCUUUCUAUUGCAGACCUUCAGGCACUUCCACAGCACCAUGUUGUUAGUGCGCUGCAGUGUGCUGGGAACCGUCGCCAUACCAUGCGAACGAAACUGAAGGAAGUAUGCGGCAUAGACUGGUAUGAUGGCGCAGUUAUGAACUGCAAGUGGAGUGGGCCUCUCCUAAAGGACGUCCUGGACAAGGCCGGCGUAAAAGUUGAAGAGGGAAAAAUGAGCGAAGCCCAUGUCGCUUUUGCUUGCUUCCAGACGACUACACAAGAUGACAGCUACUACGGUGCCAGCAUCCCGCUUUCACGGGCGAUGAAUCCAGAGAAUGCGAUUAUGAUUGCUCUUGAGAUGAACGGCAAGCCACUUACGCCAAACCGUGGCGCUCCUGUUCGCGUUGUCACUCCCGGCAUUGCUGGCGCCAGGUGCGUCAAGUGGCUCGAUCAGAUAUCCGUUCAAAUGUGCGAGAGCCAGAAUUACUACCAGCAGCAAGACUACAAGAUUCUGCCUCCUGAGGCGGAUUCCAAAGAAAAGGCAAAAGAAUGGUGGGGCAAAGUGAGUUCGAUCGAGGAAAUGCCAGUCAACAGCGUUGUCGGCAUCCCAAAGUCUGGAACUACCGUGCAACGAGAUGCAGACGGCACAAUCGAAGUCAGGGGCUACGCAUUACCCAGUGGAGCAGACGGUCCCAUUGUCAAGGUCGAGGUUAGCGUCGAUGAUGGACAGUCGUGGGAGGAAGCUGAGCUGAUUAACGAGUACGAGGGCGAAGACGCCAAAAACGUGGAGCUCAAGUGGGCGUGGGCACUAUGGAAGGCAAGAGUCAAGAUUGACAAGGGCAAGAGUGUUACGAUUUACAGCCGCGCCAUGGACCGGAGUGGUAAUGUGCAGGAAAAGUGUCCGACAUGGAAUUACCGGGGCGUGUGCUACAACGGCUAUGGCGAGGCAUUUGAUUUGGAGAUUGUUUGA